ACUCCCCACUUUCACAUUUCCCCGCCAUCCGAACGUCGCCACAAACACACAGUAUUCUUCAUCGACCAGUUCUCUUCUUCAUUCUACCCUCAUCGACCUUCAUGCUGUAGAGCGACAGAAGCAGCAAAAUGUGGAAUGAAAAGAAACAGAGUCACCCUUCUGAUCGCAGUCAGAUUGUUGCCAUCAUCAUCGUUGUUCUCGGUCAGGGAACUCUCCUGCCCUGGAACUUCUUCAUCACCGCCUCACAGUACUUUAAUGAGCGCCUAAAGGUUUCAAACGGUACAGAGGCCGCUGUGCAGAAAGACUACAACUAUGACAGCUGGAUGACUUUGCUCUCCCAGCUGCCUCUGCUCCUCUUCACGCUGCUCAACUCUUUCCUCUAUCAGUGGGUGGCGGAGCGUCUCCGUGUGGCCUUCAGCCUGGUUGCCAUCUUCUUCCUCUUCGCCUUUACUGCCACCUUGGUCCAGGUCGACAUGCAUCCAGACACCUUCUUUUCAGUCUCCAUGGCCACCAUAUGGUUCAUCAGCAUGUUCGUUGCUGUGCUGCAGGGCAGUCUCUUCGGUGUGGUCAGCCUGUUUCCUCCUCGUUACAGCACUCUGUUCAUGAGCGGCCAGGGCCUGGCUGGGAUCUUUGCUGCCGUCGCCAUGCUAUGCUCCAUCAUGAGCAAAAGUGACACCAAGUCCGCUGCGUUGGGAUACUUUGUCACUCCGUGUGUGGCCACAUUAUUGACUCUUCUCGGCUACCUUCUGCUGCCACACCUGGAAUUUGCUCGUUUUUAUCUGAACAGACAUCAGGCAGACAAACUGGACACAUCCAGUAAGCUGACCAGCAGCACAGAUAAAAUAGCCUUAAACGGUAACACGAAAGACCUGGAGGCCCGAGGCAUUCAAGAGGAGAGUAAUGAACGGUCUUCUGUCUUUGCCGUCUUUAAAAAGAUCUGGCUGAUGGCUCUGUGUGUGACCUUGGUGUUCGCCGUCACCCUGUCGGUGUUUCCUGUCAUCACAGUGCGAGUAAAGACCGUCUACACGGACUACAGCGACUGGGACAAAGUGUUCACCUGUGUGUGCUGUUUUAUCGUUUUUAACGUCAUGGAUUUGGCCGGCCGUGGUGCCCCUUCUCUCUUUCAGUGGCCGUCCAAAGAGAGUCGCCUGUUUCCCGUCGCCGUUCUGUCCCGCCUGGUCUUCAUCCCUCUGCUCAUGAUGUGUAACAUUCAAGACUCCAAGCUCACCGUCCUCUUCAGACAUGACUGCGGCUUUGUUGUCGUCAUGGCACUGUUCUCCUUCUCCAACGGCUACCUGGCGAGCCUCUGCGUGGCCUACGCUCCGCAGCUGGUGAGGAGCAGGGACUGCGAGACGGCCGGCUCUCUGAUGACCUUCUUUCUCGUUCUGGGGCUGGUUGUGGGAGCCUCGUUUUCAUUUCUGCUAGGGAAACUCGUUUAGAGAAUGUCCACUCAAAGAAAACCCCCAAGGACAAGCACUUAAGUCAAGGCUCUGCUGGCGCUCAGAUCUGCAUUAUAAGUAAACCUGUUGCUUUUUUAAUGGCCCUGUCACAUUUUACUGUCAUGAUUUAUUUGUAUUGUGUGUAUUUUUCAACUGCAUUAAUUGUUUAUUGUUUUUGAAACAUCUUUAAGCCUUUCCAGUUCUAACGUUUAAAAAAAAGGUUCUACUCAUCAUCACCCCCUCGUGGUAAUAUGAGGUAAAUGCAGCAAAGUGUAAAAGUGACGUUUCUGAGUUGAAAAGGGAAUUCGGCAAUGCAGG